CCGUGAGUGAAAUCCUCGUUAUUACCUGCCCAAGCGGUAAACAAUGCGGUAUAUUGAUGCCUUUCCUACGUAAUGAAGGCCGAUUCCGACUGCGAUUAUUUCUAUCUGACUGUCAUGACCUUCUCAUUGGUGCAACAGCCAUCAUCAACGCCGUCCUAGAAAGUUUACAUUCCAACGAGAAAGGAAGUGGCUUCAACCUGGUUGACGCAGCACUUGCAGAGUCACGUCGUGAAGAUAAUUCCUUUAAGUACUAUGUUCUGUCAAGUGUACUGGGUACCCAGCAUUGGAGUUUACUCCAACACGACUUGAAGAGCUGCAUCGAGGAGAGACUUUUAAAACAUGCAAAUAGUAUCGAUGCUCUCGAUGAUCUUGCUGCUAUAUCAGCGAAGGUCUUCAAGGACCACGAACCACACUACUUGGCCGAGUAUUCUCCCGUGUUAACUAAUUGGAUCUGA